AUCGUACCUGGGGAAAAUAAAUAUAAUAUAUAUCCGUACUCUGCUCUAUCAUAAAAGAGACACAAUAUAUUUGUUUCGUCCUUCAAAUUGCAACAGAAGUUGACCUCACAACCCCCGACCCACCUCAUACUCACAUCAUUAAUUCCCAACGUCACAAUGGCAGCUGUCAGCGGCGAGGCUCCCAAGAUCACACUCUAUACUAACCACCGAUGCCCAUGGGCUCACCGAGCACACAUCGUGAUUAAAGAGCUAGGCCUUCCAUACGAAGAAUCCAUCAUUGAUCUCGACCGACCACGAGACCCAUGGUACCUCGAAGUCAACCCUCGCGGUCUCGUCCCCUCAAUCAAGUACUCCUCAGACUCCGUCAAAGAUGAAAUCAUCACCGAAUCCGGCGUCGUCGCGCAGUUCCUCGCGGACGCCCACCCCUCGCACCUCGUCCCCAGCACCGGCGACCCCAAGGCGUCCCUGGCGCGCGCUCGCAUCCAAUUCUUCGUCGAGACGUGGUUCUCCAAGGCGAAUUCGUUUUGGUUCCAGAUUCUGACGAAGGACACGCAGGAGGAGAAGGAGGAGCUGUCGAAGCAGCUCGUUGCCGCGGUCGAGAAGGAGAUCGAGCCGCUGUUGAAGGACGCGAAGCCUUUCUUUGGGGGUAGCGAGAGGCUUACGCUUGCUGAGGCUCUUACUGCGCCAUUUGUCCUGCGUAUCUAUGCUCUGGCGAAGCAUGACAUCAUUCCGAAGUCCACUUUGUCCAGCUUUGAAGCCCUUCCUAACUUUUCGAAAUGGGCCGCAGAGGUCAUCAAGCACGAUAGCGUCACCUACAUUUGGGACGAAGAGAAGGUCAUCGCCGGUACCCAAGCAAGGAUUGCGAAGCUGAAGGCUCAAGCCAAGUAAGUCCGCCACGUCAGUGAAGGGUAAUAUGCAAAAGAGUAUCGCGGGGUAAUUUCAUGGAGGGAGAUUUCACUUCAGAAGUA